AUGUCAGCCACGCCUCAAAACACUGUUGGACCUGAAUACACAGGAGAGUCGGAGCAGAAAAAAUUGGCUCUAGAGCCGAAGGCGGUUGCUGACUUUGUGGGCAAGCUCACUGGCAAGGCCAACUUCGAAAGCUGGAAUUUUCGCCUUCGCUGGUCCACCAAAAGGGGCGGAAGCGCGGUUUGGAAAAUGCUCAACGGUGAAAUCCCUUCCCCAAUGCCGAAUAUUCCGCAAACUGUGCCUUCUCGAGACGUCAUCCGCAAUUUUAUCGCGAGCCAUGGCAAUGUGAACCCUACAGCCGUCACCAACGAAGCCAUAAACCGCCAUAUCCACGAGCGCUAUACCGUGCCUAACUUCAAGAUUCAAAAAUGGAAAGAACUCGACUCGCUGGCCAUGUGUGUACUGCUAUCCAUCCUUUCUCCAGCUGUUGAAGCACAAAUCAUGAACGCCCAAUGUGCUUCCGACGCGUAUCGUUUCAUCUGUGCUCAAUAUGGACCACCUUCGAUGACCGCAGUCCUUCAAUGCUGGUUCAACUGGACGGACUAUGUCUUUACCCCGAACCAGUCCCCACUGGACUUUGUGACAGUCUGGAAGCAGAACCGAGAUGCUCUUGUGCGCGCUACCACCGACAGUGCGCCAUCCCAAUAUUGUCAAUUUGCGCAAUUCGUCAAGGCAGUGAACAAUCACCCUACUAUGCGUCAAUGGACCUCGAACAUUCCCUGCAAUCCCAAAAACCCGAAAUUGCUGGAUGACACCAUCUUGAGUUUCCUGUCCUCCGCCGACUCGAUAAUCCGUCAAGUGAAUCAGGCUCAAACACGCGGUUUCCAGCCCGCUUAA